CUCGUGCGCUAUGGGUACCGAGCUUCGAAAGGCUGCUGAGGCGGACCCAGACGUAGGAGAUCUCAUCGGAACCAUCAACAAAUGGCUCAGCUGCUGGCGAGCGACUCUCAUGGAGUUCGGUAUCACGGCACUCGACUUGCCCAAUAGUCCGCCCGACAGGCUCGCAACGCACACGGUGUUUAUCGAGCUUGAACGCCGUGACCCCAGGCCGUCCAAUCGCGCAACAAUGCUCCGGAUGUGCAGCGGCAGCGUCUUCUCGCGCGAAGAACUCUGCGACGUGCUGCGCGACGCGGACAUGAACGAGGAGCACAUCGAGAACUGGAAGCGCGACAAUCGCGGCGACCACACACUGCAGGUGAACCUGAUGUGCGAGGGCCACUUCCGCAGCCUCUGGGUAUCGUUCCGCAACCUUGCGCCCCGACAGGCCGUUGAUAAGAAGGUGUCAAAGGUGCUCUCGAAGACGUGGGCACGCGUGCUCCGGCAGCGGAUCGAACUCGGUCGUCCGAUGCUUGACAGCCCCGACGGCGACUUCUUCCCGUAACACUGGGGAUGUGUUUGCUCUUCCAUAGGUUGAGAUCACAAUUAUUGAUUAUCAC